CUCGUUCAAGAUAAUAAAGUGUUGUUCUCCGCCAUGACACUGAUGGUUCUUGUUGGAUGAUUGCUGACUGUGAACCUAGAUCUUAAUUAACAUGGUGGCAGCGGUGUAGUAAUGAUCACAGGGUGAGUGUCUACCUCUGAGAUGUUCACCUGGAAAACUAUUGAAGAACGGAUCAUGUUCCAGCGUAUUUCCUAAUAUUAGAGGAUUGAUAUAUAAAGUCAGAGUUCUAGUUAGACUAACAGAAUGGAAGAGCACUGAUGUCAAUAAUAUAAAAGUAAUCAUUUUAGACCUUGCUGAAAAACAGCUCAGAAAUAUUUUUGCCAAUAUAACUGAUGGCUACUACUAUCGACUAAGUGCUGUCCAGGAAGAAGCUUCAGCUAACAGCUCAGUGACGUUUGCUUGGGCCAAAAUGUAUUUUCUAGCUUCAUUAUUACUAGACAGAGACACUUUUGAAAACUUUGUUCUGAAUUCACUCUGUGGAAGAAGUUUUGAUGUAGAUGGAAAUGGUUUUCAGUGUUUUUGUUACAAUAAUUUAACUAACGAGAUUGACCAAGAUCUUUUAUACUUUGAGAAUGAAACCAACAUUUUAUAUCAUGAGAAUAAUAAAGAUUAUCUUUUAUAUUUUGGGAAUAAAACCAAAAUGUUUAAUCAUAAGGUAGGCAAAGAAAGUUUUCCUCAAAUGUCAAACGAACGUAGAAAACUUUCAAUUUCCUUGAUACAAUCUUUGAAACACUUACAAAGUAAAAUUUUUGAUAGUAUCAUUCUGUCUUCAACAUUGACUUGCAGUUUUAUCACCUUACACCAAUCUAACUUUACUGUGCAGUGGAAAGAAACGAAUAGAGUAGAAAGAAUCCUUGUGACUAUAGACGUUGCUGGAACCAAACAAACGAUCUCUAGCAUGUCCGAUAUCUUUGACUUGCAACUGGAUCAGACCGGUAACUUGAAGGUUUGUGUGCACAUUUUGAACACAUUUGUCAAGAAACCUAAAAAACGUCGUUGGAAACAAAGUGACCUGGCAAUAAAUAUUUUAACGUAUACAUGCAUGAGUGCUUCUGAGCUUUGCCUGGUGAUAACUUUGAUUACCUACCUUGGAUUUCGUGAGCUAAGAACUGUGCCAGGAAUAAACAAUAUAUUUCUUAGUUUGAGUCUCAUUCUAGCCCAGACUGUAUUGGUCCUUGCCUCUAACAUACAAGGACCUAGUGUCCUGUGUACAUGUAUUGGUAUUGUGACACAUUUCUUGUGGCUGUGGCACUUUACUUGGAGUUUCCUGUGUAGUCUUCACAUGUACAGAGUCUUUAGUACCAAGAUACCAAGCCAUCCAUGGAAACAUAAUAGCGCAUGUAUCUACGCUUUACAAAUGAUGUCACUUUCAUUGAUUGUUCCGGUCUUAAUAGUGGCUUUAGUCAUUACCUCGUCAUACUUGAAGUCACAGACUAUUGGCUAUGGUCAUCGUUUCUGUUAUCUGGACUCCGCAUUUCUUAUAGGAGUCUCAAUGGUCAGUCUAAUAUGUUUGGUUUCUCUGUGUAACUUGACAUUUCUGAGCCUAACUAUUGCCAGUAUUCACAUAGUAAAUAGACUAGUGACAUUUGAUGCCAUGAAGAAAGCCCAGUACAAGAAUCUUAUUCUCUACGUCAAGCUGUCAUCUGUCACAGGUGUUUUCUGGAUUGUAACGAUUGUUGCUGAGGCUGUAGACAGUGAUGUUUUAAGGCUCAUCUCAACAGUUUUGAAUGGACUUCAAGGUGUUUUAAUAUUCGUAUCUUACAUGUGUAACAAAAGAAUCUAUGGACUUUAUUUUAAGAGAGGAGAGUUGCGACAAUCUUCAACAGUCAAAAAAAAUCGAUCUUCUAGAAUGUAACCGAUCUCGAAGCUGUUUCAUUUACCCUUCAGGAGUUGAAUCAACUUCUAGUAUAUUAAAAAAAAACUCUUCAUAAGUUGUAUACAUCCUACUUAUACUUUAAAAUUCUUUAGAAUAAAUGUA